GUAAUUACAUGAAGGAGGCUUAGGUCACUGUGUUCCCUCUCUCCUUGAGGUACAAAAUGUCCCGGCCGCCAUCUUGCUAUUAGGUUACUGUUCUGUUUAUUUGCUCGCAAUAAAGUUGUUACAAGCAAAAAAGAAAUGCGAAAGGGAGCGAAACCAUCGAGAUUCGACGAGGAUAGAACGCCUCCUCCUGUCCGCUCUUGUUAUUGGCCGCUGCCUUUCACCCUCCAGGGCUGCGUGUGAUUGGCUGAUAUUAUACAGCGCUUCUAGGUCAUUGGCCGCCGACAGAUAUAGGUCCCUCCCUUUCCUAUCGGCGCUUUCUGACCUUCUGUCAGUCGCUCUUCGGUCACUGGUUGAUUUGGAGAUUCGGUUCCUGCGGCAAAAUGGUGGCUUAUUGGAGACAGGCCGGGCUCAGUUACAUCAGGUACUCGCAGAUCUGCGCCAGGGCGGUGCGGGCGGCACUCAAGCCUCAGUUUAAAGUGGAAGCGGAGAAGGCGGCAUUGGCCAAUGUGAGGAUCGCUAAACCGAAGAAGGAAUAACUGCCGGCGAUUGGAUGAGGAAGCGGCCAAUGGAAUGCAUGUGACUCUUACCCAGCAGCUCGUUCCUCCUCUGGGCGAGAGAAGUGCAACCCCCCGCGGCGGCCGGGGAGACCCUCCUCCUGUGAUGCGGAAUCAUUAACUUAACGAGGCAACUGUUCUCUGUUCCUACAUUGAACUCCAUGAGUAAAUAAAUCAGGAUCAGAUUUGUUUCUAGUUUUGGGGAAAUGCCCUUUGUUUAUUUAUAGAGUCUGCACUCACACCGACACUCACACUCACACCGACACUCACACUCACACAGCGAGUUUGUAUCUGUUACUCUGGGUGGGAGCCCGGAACAUUCCUUCUCUGUAUCUUUGUGUUUAUUGAUCACAUGAUUGGGUUCCGGGCUCCUCCCUUAGUAAUGAGUCAACUUUUUCUUCUCACCCCAAAAAUGGAGGUGAAGUGUUUUUCUAACUAGGGGGACCCCUACUAUUCCGACUGCUGCUCAUUCCUGUAGUUAAAGCUUAGGAACAACCAAUCACUGGCUUCGUUGAUGAGAGAGAACUACUUGGCCUUGAAUUCUCUGCUUACAUUGGCUGCUUAUUAAACGGAAAAUAUUUGAAAUUGC